CCGCCGGGCUAGGGGCGGGGGGCGGCCCUGAGCAGGGGCUGUGGCGGUUCGCGGGGACCCGGCUGCGGUGGCUGCGCUCGCUGCGGGGCUGCGGAAUGGAGAAGAGAAAACUUACGGUGGCUGUGAAGGCCCUGAUGCCAUGUAUGUCAAAUUAAUAUCCUCUGAUGGUCAUGAAUUUAUUGUAAAAAGAGAACAUGCACUAACAUCAGGAACAAUUAAAGCCAUGUUGAGUGGCCCAGGUCAGUUUGCUGAAAACGAAACCAAUGAGGUCAAUUUCAGAGAGAUCCCUUCCCAUGUGCUAUCAAAAGUAUGCAUGUAUUUUACCUACAAGGUUCGCUACACUAACAGCUCCACUGAGAUUCCUGAAUUCCCAAUUGCACCUGAAAUUGCUUUGGAACUCCUGAUGGCUGCGAACUUCCUAGAUUGUUAAAUAAAAUAAAUUAUAAUAAACUGUUAACUUUUUCAGUAUUUAA